AUGAAAACGUUCACCGACUGGUUUGGUGAAGAACAUUAUAAGGAAAACAGUUCUGGGGAUCUGGAAAACAAAUGCUACGAAAUCACUGAGCUAAAUAAAACUUUGAAGAAGACGUUUCAGAAAUUCAAAGAUCAGAUGGCAACUGAGCUGUGGAAAGCCAGAAACGAAGUCCUGAAGAAAUAUGAAAAAGAAAGUCUGUACUUGGAUCCUGACACAGCACACACCUCGCUGGUCCUUUCAGAGGACCAGUGGAGUGCCUGGGAGUCGCACGAGUCGCCUGAGGAGAUGCCUUAUCACCCUGAGAGAUUUGAGAACCGUCAGUGUGUGCUGGGCUUAAACGGAUACACCUCGGGGAGAGUCUACUGGGAAGUUGAUGUGGAAAAGGCGAAAGAAUGGCACGCAUCCUCCAAUGGUAGCGACUCCGUCACAGAGAGCUCAGUACACGAGUCGUUCACAGCCACAAAGCAGCAGAGAAUCGUCCGCGGGCAGCGGAACACCAACUGA